GAAUCCCCUCAGUGACGAUAAAAAAAACAGUAUAAUAAAACCGGGGUUACGCAAAUAGAUUUGUAGGCCCGGCAUGCACCUCUAACGUUUGUUUGUGGACCGCCAUAAUACCAUAGAAGAAGAAGACUUGUAUGAGACAUACGCACUUGGUUUGGGAUAAGCGUUUUGAAAUAACAUGGGUAAUUGCCACACUGUUGGACCAAAUGAGGCCCUUGUGGUUUCAGGUGGUUGCUGUGGCUCCGAUGGGAAGACCUAUGUGGUGGGAGGCUGGUCAUGGGCCUGGUGGCUCAUCACAGACAUCCAGAGGAUAACCCUUGAGAUUAUGACCCUGCAGCCCAAGUGUGAGGAUGUAGAGACAGCGGAGGGUGUAGCUAUUACUGUCACUGGGGUGGCACAGGUGAAGGUGAUGGUAGACAAUGAGCUGCUGGGCUAUGCCUGUGAACAGUUCCUGGGGAAAUCUGUGAUCGAGAUUAAGAGUGUCAUUCUGCAGACCCUGGAGGGUCAUCUACGUUCUAUCCUUGGUACUCUGACGGUAGAGCAGAUCUACCAGGACAGAGACCGGUUUGCUGCUCUGGUGCGUGAGGUGGCAGCGCCCGAUGUGGGCCGCAUGGGCAUCGAGAUCCUCAGCUUCACCAUCAAGGAUGUGUAUGAUAAAGUGGAGUACCUGAGUUCCCUGGGGAAGAGUCAGACCGCUGCAGUACAGAGAGAUGCAGACAUCGGAGUUGCCGAGGCAGAGAGAGACGCGGGAAUCAGGGAAGCAGAAUGUAAGAAAGAGAUGAUGGAUGUCAAGUUCCAAGCAGACACCAAGAUGGCCGAUUCGAAACGAGGGUUGGAGAUGCAGAAGGCUGCUUUCAAUCAAGAAGUCAACACGAAGAAAGCAGAGGCCCAGCUGGCCUACGAGCUGCAGGCUGCCAAGGAGCAGCAGAAGAUCCGUCUGGAGGAGAUAGAGAUCGAGGUGGUUCAGAGGAAGAAGCAGAUCACCAUUGAGGAGAAGGAGAUUGACCGCACGGAAAAGGAGCUCAUCGCCACGGUCAAGAGGCCGGCUGAAGCUGAGGCCUACAAGAUGCAGCAGCUGGCCGAGGGACAGAAAAUGAAGAAGGUGCUGACGGCCCAGGCGGAGGCAGAGAAGAUCCGUCGUAUCGGUGAGGCAGAGGCUGGUUCCAUAGAGGCUAUAGGGAAGGCUGAGGCUGAGAAGAUGAGGCUGAAGGCUGAGGCCUACCAGCAUUAUGGAGAGGCUGCCAAGACUGCUCUGGUCCUGGAGGCCCUGCCUAAGAUCGCUGCCAAGGUGGCGGCACUGGCCCGGACCAAUGAGAUCGUCAUCCUGAGCGGGGACGGUGGCCGUGUGACCGGCGAGGUGAACCGCCUAUUGGCUGAGCUCCCUGUGUCCGUCAACGCACUCACAGGGGUGGACCUGAUGAAGAUCCCUUUGCUUCAAAAGAUGAUCAACCCUCAAGCAUGAAAACAAUCCUGUACACCUUAACUCAAUACAUUUCUUUAUGCACUCUUUAAAUCAACUGCCUUCACCUAGAAACUCUAGAAAACAAGUAGUUUCUUUUUUCUUUUCUUUUUACUACAAAAGAGUCAAGCUGUUUUCAUUUUCCUAAACCCCUGGUGCCUUAGCUCUAUAGGGCCAGAUCAGCUGUAUGUACUACUGCUUUUUUGUUGUACUUUUUUUUUUUUUAAAGUAGUUACCCCAUUCUGUUGUACUAACACUUGUCUACAUUGUAGAAAAGGGACAUUCAUCAUGAUUGUUCAGUGCAGGCCUUGUUCUGGUCUGAAAUGUUUGCCAGGUCUUCACCUUGUCUUCAUUGUUAUUAUUUUGUUUGUUGUGUUACAUAGUGCUUUGGAUGUGCCCAUGGUUUUGUAUAGUUACUGAAAGUAUUUCAGAUAUUUUGUCUCAAAUUGAACUUUUUUCAUUCUAAUGUGUAGUCUGUGCCUGUUUACGAUCCAAGUGGCCAAACCUCAGGAAAAGUAAUGGUUUGGCAAUUCUAUAGUGUAGUGAUACUAUGGUGAACCUCCAUCCACCAUCUCAAUGAGAGCUGUGGAAAUAUUGUCCUAUCCCAUCCUCAUGUCAUCUGCCUUGAGAGCAGAAACAUUGGCAUUCUAUCUUAUUCUUCACUAGAAUCUUUCAUUUCAUUCUUCAUCUUAGGAAUGGUGUGCAUUUUUAGGUAGACAAGACAUACAAGACAAAGAAAACAUAGACAUUAACACAUGUACAUGGAUCUACAAGUCUGUAUGAAGCCAUAUACUGUCAACGUUAGCCUUAAUAUAGAGACCCAGGAGUCCUGCUAGCUUUCCUGAUCAUCUGGAUUACCUCAAUCAAUCUAAGCUUUAAUACUUGUUCUUUCCAACUAUUGAGACAUCAUAUGACGUGAUAUGCAUUUCAGUCUCUUAGGUUAGCCAAUGUUGUGUUAUAUCAUCUUAUGGUUACAUUCUGUUAAGUUACAUAUUAGUUUAUAAAGGAUUUAUCUCUACAGUUUACCAGACUCUUUACUUUCAGGAUUGUACAGGGUGGUGCUUACUUUUUUUCUAGGAAUGCAAUGCUGCCACGACCUGUUGACCAUCCAAUAAUCUAUCCGUUUUCUCCACAUUCCUUACCCAAUGUGCUUUAAACACAAGAAUACAUUUCAGUUUGUUUCGCCACACAUUUGAGUUGGACUGUCUUGUUGUGGAGUUCAUUUUAGGUUGGCUUCAUUUUAUGAAAAUACAUUUUAGCGUUUUAGGGGAAAUCUAACCACUUUCUGAACCAGUGACCUCAAGCAUGGCAUAAUAUUUUCAAAUAUGGAUUUUUUUUACAGUAACGUUAACCCACUGCCAACGGUGGUAUAUCUCUGGUCUGGGGGAGAAAUGUCAUUAUCUAAUUCCUACUGAUCACCAAAAUAAUACUUUAUUUGUUUUAUUAUAAUCUCCUCUUGUAAGAUUUACAUAGUAGACCAGACCGUAAAAUGUGAGUGAUAAACGGUGUGAUACAGUACUGUAAAUGUAGAAAGGAACCUGUAUUCUGUUUCAUGAAAUGGCUGGUUUGAAUUGUAUAAGGUCGGAAAUGUUGAAGUGUACUAUCUGGACAUACUGAUGUCUUUCCCUGGUCAAAUUGUGUUUUUGUUCAGCUGAAAAACACACAUUAUAUGUAAUUUUUUGGAACAUAAUUUGUGUGUCAACGCUCUUUCAAGAAUGUUGCAUGUAUUACUAUGAAUGAUGGUGUAAUUUCAGCAAGGUAGAAGCAGUUUUCAGAUCAGAAAAUCUACCUUUCGGAUCUAGAAUGUAGUUGGAAGACCAAACAUUGUAUGCCUUUAACAUGUAUCUUUAUCUAUAGAGUAUCUAUAAUGAAACAUUUUAAAUUGAUCACCCAUUAUUGAAAUGUAUCUAUUCAGACUCAAUAAAUGUGUUUGUGUGAA